AAAGAAUCCACACAGAACUCGCAAAAUGGCGGAUGGUGGACAUACUUUCGUAAAGAAGACAUUUGGAAAGCCAACGUACUGUCAUCACUGUUCGGAUUUAAUUUGGGGUAUCAUUCAGAUCGGUUACAUUUGCGAAGUGUGCAACUUCGUCAUACAUGAUCGCUGUGUAUCAAGUGUGGUUACGCCAUGUUCCGGUAUUGCUCCCUGUAUCAUAAAG